CCACCAACACCAGGAGGCGCCAACGAGCAGCUUCACAACCGGAAGUCAUCUCCACGUGUUGCUGCCAGUUUCUCCACCGGCGGCGGAAGACGGUUUGUUUUGAUGCCACCGGGUUGAGUCCAACGUGUGUGAAGGCUACUACUACUACUACUUCUCCUGUCAUGUGCUCUGUAACUGUACCAACAACAGACAUAACAAUGAGAGCAACAGUGGAGAACAACAGUCUGGAAGAAGAAGAAGAAGAGCUGAGAGGAACCAAAAGAAAGAUUUCCCUCUCCAAUUGUGGUGUGUGUGGAUCAGAGGAGGCCAAGUACAGAUGUCCUGCCUGUCUGGGCCAUUCUUGCAGCUUGCUGUGUGUGAAGAAACACAAGACAGAUACGGGAUGCAGUGGAGUUAGAAAUAAAACUGCCUUUGUGACCCUCUCACAUUUUGAUGAAAUGACACUUCUCAAUGACUACAGGCUUCUAGAGGAUACAGGACGAUUUGCUGAUGGUGCCACCAGAGACAAACUCAUCCGGACUCCUCGUUCCACUUCAAAAGCAAAGAGGCUAGCAGCCAACGCCAGAAAGAUGAAUAUCACAUUGAGGUUCCUCCCCGUCACCUUCACUAAGAGCAAAGAAAACUCCACCCUCUUCUACACAAGAGAACAACAGUUCCUGUGGCACGUGAAGCUCAUCUUUCCUCAGAGCAGCACAGAGUUCAGUCAGAGGAGGGUGUCCGACAGGCAAACCUUGGAGCAGAUCUUGACCCCUUAUAUCCAUCCCACAGAGUCGGACCCUGUGACGCGUCAAAAGUUGAAGAUGUAUGUGCACACUCCGUUCGAUCAUGUGAAAGUCUUCAUGAAAGCAGAGGGGAGAAAGGCGAACUCUGUGAGGUACAAUGAGUUGGACAUUCGCAAGACCCUGAAGGACAACCUGAGCUACAAAACACUCAUUGAAUAUCCCGUGCUGCAUGUUGUACUCGGAGAUCAUUGGAAGGAGUAUCCACUCAAAGGACCAGCUGAUCACGUAGUCCUGACUGACCGCGCCGUUGCAGAAGCGUAGCACCCACCCUCCGAUUCCCCCCUCAGGUAAACAUUAUUAUUGUCAGCACUUUUGCCAUUGUUUGCACUGUUGUUAGCGUUGCUACCUGCGUGAGCUGUGGCUCACCGUUGCCAUGGUGAGAGCCGUUGAGAGGCAAUGGAAAUGCUCCCAAUCCUGUUUUUAGCGCCUGUAAACAAAAAGUUAGCCCCAUUAACCCAAAUCAAAACACAAUUCAUUCACAGCAUUCUUUUGUAUGUCUCACUAUGGGUCACUAAGUAAAAUGCUGUAAAAUGAUAAAAAAUAAUUUAUGGUAAGUUGAGAAUGCACUCAACCCAUAACUCAAACUUUUAUCACCUCAUCUUUAUAAGGUCAAAAAAAUGGUGGAACAUUUAAAUUCUAUAUAAGUAAUGGUCCGCGCCAAAGAUAAAUGGAUAAUUGGAGGCAGGCAUAGCCUUUUAAUUGUGUCUCGUGUUACAGCGCAAAGAAGAAAAGCUGAAUUACAUUAAUCUUUCAUAUUAUUGGCUCAGCUGGAUAACCAUUACGAGAAUGUGCUGGCACAAGUGUCCAAGGUUUUAAAGUGAAUUUCACGUAAAUUGGUUCAUGUGUUUUAUAAUUCAGCAGACUGUGGGGAGAUGAUGUUGGGGAGUAAUUGCUGAUAAUUCACAAUUAUAGUCCUUACAGUGAUUUAUUCUGCAGCCUUUCUUUCACACAUGUCCACCCUGCUUUAUUGCAUAACUAAUUGCUUGGCACGCUGCCUCAUCCUGGAAAGCAGCAUGGAGCCAAACCAUAGCGUCAUCAUUCCCAAACUGUCCGUACUGUUCCUCUCUCUUUCUUGACAUUUUGGUUUACGCAUGACCCCCAGCUGCAUGUGCUCUAACCAUCUUUGUGCGACUGACCGCUCUGAUCACUUGUGUAUACGUUUGGACAUGUACGAAUUUUACUGUUUCAAGAGCCGUGUUUGAUCAUGCAUUUUUUUUAAUACACAAAUGGGGUC